AUGACCAGUGUCGAUGAGCUUUUCAAGAAACCGUCAUCGGCAGCUAGUGCGAAACGAAAACUAGAUGCCACAAAAGACCCGAACGAGCUCUACAAAGCCGCGAAGCUCGAAGCGAACGGAGAUGUAAAGUCGAAAGGGAAGGCCCCGAUGGUCGAAGAUGAAGUGGAUGACGACGGAGAAGCUGGUCCCGAACUCCCUCCCGAUUUCGACGCCGAAGAAGAUGUUCCCGAUGAUGACGAGGAAGGACGCUUUUUCGGUGGAGGCAUGGACCGGCAAACCGCGCAGGCAAUGCAGUAUAUCGACCAACAAGAUCAGGGAGAGGCGGCGCCUGAGAAAUUCGACACUGCCUGGCUGCGCCGGUUCGCCCUCAAUUUUGAGAAGAAGAUCUCCAAGAACGCUGAGCUGCGAGGAAAGUUCGAAAACGACCCUCAAAAAUUCAUGGCCUCCGAGGCUGAUCUAGACACCGAAAUCAAAGAAUUAUCGAUCCUCUCCGAACACCCCGAACUUUACAGCGAAUUUGCUAAGCUGGGAUGCGUUGGCUCGUUGAUCUCUCUACUUUCUCACGAGAACGCCGACAUCGCCAUUGAUGCCAUUCAGAUCAUCAGCGAACUGACGGACGAAGACGUCGAGGCUGAGCAAGAACAGUGGGAUAGCUUAGUCAAUGCAAUGCUGGAUGCGGACCUUAUCGAACUGCUGGCUCAGAACCUGUCGCGGUUGGAUGAAAACUCUGAAACAGACCGCGCAGGAGUAUAUUACGUUCUAAGUGUCUUGGAGAAUCUUGCUUCACAGACAUUGCACGCUGAGAAGAUCGGUCAAGAUAAGAAUACGCUUCCGUGGCUUCUUGCCCGCGUUCAGCAGAAAGAGAGGCCAGUCUCCCAGAAUCUGCAGUACUCGGCUGAGAUCUUGGCUAUACUGUUACAAUCAUCCUCCAAAAACCGGGACAAAUUCAUUAGCCUGGAUGGCGUAGACGUACUCCUUCAACUCCUGAGUCAAUAUCGCAAGCGCGAUCCUGAGAAGGAUUCUGACGAGGAAGAGUAUGUCGAGAACUUAUUUGACUGCUUGAUCUGUCUUGUCGACGAGGCAUCGGGUAAGGAAAAGUUCUUAGAAGGUGAAGGCGUUGAACUGGCCCAGAUUAUGUUGAAGGAAGGAAAAUUCAGCAAGCCGCGCGCUCUGCGUGUGCUGGAUCAUGCGUUGGGUGGAAUUGAGGGUGCUCCUGCGUGCGAGCGUCUGGUCGAGGCUGCGGGCCUGCGAACUGUGUUCGGCAUGUUCAUGAAAAAGCAAGAACAUCAGACGAUAGAGCAUCUGUUGGGCAUUUUUGCCUCUCUCCUGCGUCUGUUGCCCGGUGGAUCCGCGCCACGGAUUCGUGCCCUGGCAAAAUUCAUGGAGAAGGACUAUGAGAAAAUCGAAAAGCUGAUCAAGUUACGACGAGAUUAUGCCUCGCGUGUGACUCCUGUCGAGCAAGCCAUUGAAAAGGAGCGCAAACAAUACACGGAAGAAGAGCAGGAGAUUAUGGCACCAGAGUGGCUUUCACGGAGGUUUGACGCAGGCCUUUUCUGUAUCCAGCUUAUCGACGUGAUCUUGGCAUGGCUUGUGGCUGAGGACGAUGGAGCAAGAAAACGGAUUGUCGCUCUUCUUGCAGACCGUGAUGAAGAUCUGUCUCUUAUUCAGGGCACACUGAAAGAGCAAAUCGAGGGUCUGUCAGAAGAAGAGCCAGGCCAAAAGGAUUAUAAGGAAAUGCUGGAAACAUUACUCCAAUUUCUUUGA